AUGGCCGUGAAGCACGAGCUCUACAUCCGCGCCUUCCAGAAGCUCAGCGACUUCCCCCCGAUCCACGUGCACACGGACGAGUCCCGGUUCUGUGCGCUGCUCCGGCAGCUCCUGGAGGAUCACCGGGACGUGGUGACGCUGCUGGCCGAGGGGCUGCGGGAGUGCCAGAGACACAUACAGGACCCGCGGCUGCUGCGGCCGUUCCUGGACCAGACGCUGACGUCGCGCCUGGGGAUGCGGAUGCUGGCGGCGCAUCACCUGGGGCUGCACGAGGAGAGGAGCUCCCCUGUUCAGGUCUACCAG